AUGGCGUCUCUAAUCAACAGCGUCCCAUUGAUACGAAUCCGAUUUUUCACCACAGCACCCCUGCCUCUUCUUCGUGCAUGGCUUCCCCUCGCCCCCGGUUCGACAUUCGCGGAUGUCGCGAAAGACAUUCGCACGAUGUUGCCCGGUCGACCGGAGAUUGAGAUUGAGCUCAUGGGUGCGCUGCGAGAUCGACUGCGCUCUUGAAACCCACCAGCUGACUUGAAUGUUGCAAUGUGUCGUAUUGGGCUAGGCUUUGCACUGCUACCGACGUCACCGUGUGCGAUGCUCGAUCCCGUGAGUUCGAGAGCUGCUCGUCUGCUCGUCUGCUCGUCUGCUGCACUGAUCCCUGGCUAAUCCGCUAGGUUGCUUGCUCGCUACAGGCAAAUGAUGUACUCGAGUAAGCUGCUCCAGCUGCGUGAAUAUCAUUCAGAAGCGCAGACAAACUGAUCAUGGAGCUACCCUUUCGCAGGAUCAAAGCUGCCCGCCUCGCUCCGGCUUCGACCUCGACAGCGACUACUAUCGUGGCUCAACCAAACCUGGGAGAAGGCACAAACAAUAACAUUGUGCCCUCGAUCACAAGAGCAAAUUCUGGAUCUUCAUCGUCGUCAUCGUCAUCUUCCUCGUCUGAUUCGGAUGCCGACUCAUCUAAUUCUUCCGACUCCUCGGACGACGAAGGCAGUGCUGCACCCCGACCUAUCUCCUCCAAACGACCGCCCAAUACCGCAGCGAAUCAUCUUCAAAGACCCGCAAAACGUGCUCGCUCCACCUCGAGCUCUUCAUCGUCGGAAACAUCGUCGAGUUCCGACUCCGAUUCGUCCAAGUCGACUUCUUCGUCUUCUUCGGUCUCCCGGUCGACACGAGUCGGGACCAAAACGGCCUCAGCAAGUGCAAGCGCAAAGCCUACCAAGAUCAACAGCGUCGCACACGUUCCGGAGGGGCAGGGAUUGAAACGAACUCAGAAACGGAACCGUAGGCGGAGACUAUUACGGAACGACAAAUCUCGGGAAGCAAGCGCGAGCACGAACGCUUCACAUGCAGCAACAUCAAGUGUACCGCAGAGUUCUGAGGGCACCGAGCUUUCGAAAGGUCAGUUUUGGUAUAUGUUUAUCGAGCUGAGUCGAUUUGGGACAUUAAUUGAAAGAGCAUGCUUGUCCCAGCAGUCUCUCCAGCGAUCACGGUCGAGCAGCCUCCGGCAUCGGCUGCGAUGUCUACCAAUCUGGUGUCAAUCCCACCAGAAGCCGCGCCUCCACUGCCCACUACAACAAAACCGACCCCAAGCACAAAAAUUGCUCUCGACCCCUACGCUGAUCUCCACGGCCCAAAACUCAACAUGCUCCACCUCGCCACGGGCAACAAAAACAAGAAGAAGCACAUCCGACUCUCCGCUUCCUCGUCCGCCUCGACUGCUCCCAAACGUAUCUUCUUCGAUGAUCCACAACGAACGAUCGCGGUAGAGGGCGAGCUGGUGAUCGAGGCGCCUACAGGAUGGGCAUCUCGACCAGGGGCUCGUGGGAAGAGUGACUCGCCUGUCUCGCCGAGAUACGAACCGGGGUCCCCUCCUCUAAUUCAUGCGCGAGCGGCCCAGCAGUCCACACCCGCAGCUCCUAGAUCUCGUACUGUUACUGCCAAGACCUCAACUCCGGCGCCUUCUACUCCUUUCGCACGCUCCAAAGCUGUCACAAAUGGCGUCUCUUCAAUAUCCACACCAAAAGUAGCGCACCUCCCCCCCUCCCAACGAAGCGACCUCCCCCCUAACCUCGUCAUCACCAGCGUCGACGUCGAAGGUACAAACUGGCAACCUAGCCCGGGCGAGAUCGUGCCCGAGACCUCUUCGCAAUGGACGAGAUGGCCCGAACCGACUCCUAUAGGAAUUUUCGACAGGGAAGGGGAGAAAAACUCCGAAGGGUGGCCGACGUGGGAACAGGUUGAUGGAAUGAUGAAUGAUGGGUCUUUGAAGGUGUUGAAGAAGGAAGAUGCGAAGAAAGGAUUACGGAUCGCGACGAGGGUGAGCAUAUAACGUAUCCCGAGUACUGGAGGAUCGUACGUGAAUGUUAAUUGCCCGAACACAUCUCUGGUUUAGAUAUUGGAACUCGACCCUCUCACUUUCAGCCCGACUGUAGCCCUCAAGUACGGUCGCUUCCUCUCUUACGAAGACGGCCUCCUGAGCAUCGAGCUGCAUCCCGAUUGCCUACCCUUCUCAAAUGAUCACGAAGAAGAAUGGGGGGAGGAGGGCGAAGAGACCUAUGAUGUUGGAUUUUCGGGGAUACGAGAAGCUCGUCCCAAGUUUGGACAAGGGGUCGAGAUGCAAGUGGAAGAGUCUGCGCAUGUAGUUGGUGGCGUGUGGGAAGGCGACUGGGGUGAUGUGAGGGUGUUGGUAUGA